CCGGAGCUGCAGCAGCAUCAUGCAGAGCCCCGCAGUUGGUGCUCUGUGCCGUCCUGCGGGGGCCCCGUGCUGCAGCACUCCCAUGUCUGUGCCAGGAAGCAGAAGACCCUCAGCCGGCUCACGGAGACGCGCCUCUCCUCCGGUCACCAUGAGGGAUUUGUACGGAGCGUCUCCUGUCAGUAGCAGCAACUCCGGCUCCGGUAAAGGAAGCGAUCAGAGCCCUUCCUCAAGACGUUCUGCUAAAUACAGUCUGUGCAGCGAGAACCAUGGCAUCAAACCGCCGACUCCGGAGCAAUAUCUCACCCCGCUGCAGCAGAAGGAGGUCUGCAUUCGCCACCUGCGAGCGCGGCUCCGGGAUCUGCAAGAGGCUCUGCACGAGAGGGACUCCGAAGUGGACGAGCUGAAGUCCCAGCUGAGCCGGAUGCAGGAGGAUUGGAUCGAGGAGGAAUGCCACCGGGUCGAGGCACAGUUGGCGCUCAAGGCCGCCCAGCGGGAGAUCCAGCAGCUGCGCGAGGUCAUGGAGAGCGUGAGAAGCCGCCUGGGUGAAAAUGACAGCGGAGUCCAGAAAUAUUUAGCGGACAUCACCCUGCAGAACCGCAAACUGGAGACGCUGCUGCAGAACAUGGAGCUGGCCCAGGACGGAGCUCCACGAGGAGCGGAGGGCGGUGGAGGUUCCGCCGGCGACUCGCCAGCCCGCUCCUUGACUCGCAGCUCUACCUACACCAAACUGAGCGAGCCUCCCGCGGAGGAGCGGAACUACCAGGACACGGGUGACAGCGGCUACACGGCCCCCGAUGACAGCAGCGCCGUGUCGUCGGGCACAGAGUUCUGCCUCGGGGAGCAGUCGCCGCCCUUGUGCGUGGACUCGGCGGUGCAAGCCAGCAGCAUGAGUGACUGCGGGGUGCAGACGGACGAUGCCCCAGGGACCCCCGAAGUGGAUGCCAUUCUAGAGAAAGUCCUCCAGUCCCACGCAGCCACCGGCUCUUCUCUCGGCUCCUCGGCCGAGCCCCCGGAAGCCGUAAACCCUGGCCCCAGCUGCGUGGUAACGGUAACGGACGGCGCUUCGGGAGUAGACUCGCCCUCUGAGGAGCCAGAUCCUCCCGUCAGCUUCUGGAGCCGGUACUUUGUUGUAGACUUGCUGGCAGUGCUGAUCCCGGUGGUCCCGACGGUGGCUUGGUUGUGCCGGGCACAGAGACGUCAGGGGCAGCCGGUGUACAAUAUCAGCUCGUUGAUGCGCGGCUGCUGCUCUGUCGCUCUGCAUUCGAUUCGUAGGAUCGGCUGCCGUCCGGUCAGUGGCUCCUCCACCCAGCCCUGAACUCCGGCUGCCCCGGAACGUGGACGGGCUGCUCCGCGCUUUCCUGGGCUGCCCGGCAUGGGUCUGGGACCCUCAGGAGUUGCCCCGUGGGCAGUUCUAUGCAGGGUCAGUGAGCAAACUCUGUCCUGCAGCUGGUACAGAUGGUUACAGCCAGGGGGUGUCAAUCACAGGGUGUGACCUGGUCCCGUGACCCGAGAGACCGUUGCAUCCCGUCUGUGCGGAAUAAGCGUGUUCCGAAUAUUGUCUGUAUUUACAUGUAUGUGGCGUGGUGGGGUAGGAUCAGGUGCGUGUGAUUGCGUGUGCACGCGGUUCUGGGGACACAGUGUUACCUGUGUGCUCACGUGGGGAGUUUGGAUGUAAUACCCGCAUUUCUGUGUUUAAACGUCGCGUUUCACCUGUCCGUGGUGCAGUG